AUGAAGAGUUGCAAUUCGUUUCUGUUUUUGGCGGCGGAUCCCUCCCGCACUGUGGGAGGGCCCUUAUUCCUCCCUCCAGCAGGGACGACAGGCUCCAGCGUAGCAGCGCCUACCCGCCGCCGCUCCACCCGCCGUGACGGCGCCCCACCGCGCUCACCAGGUAGCGCCGCGCGCGCUGCUGGCCGCGCGGACAGCACCGGCGAGCAUGCUGCACGCGGAGCAGGUCAGCGCGCCGUUCCCCCUUUUCCCAUGCCUUUCCGCCUUGCGCAUGCAUGUCCGCCUUUCCCCUGCCUUUCCGCCUUGCCCAUGCAUUUCCGCCUUCCCCAUGCCUUUCCGCCUUCCCCAUGCCUUUCCGCCUUGCGCAUGCCUUUCCGCCUUGCGCAUGCCUUUCCACCUUGCGCAUGCCUUUCCGCCUUUCCCAUGCAUUCCCGCCUUGCGCAUGCCUUUCCCCCUCUGCUCAUGCCGUUCUCCCUGCCCAUGCCUUUCCCCCUCUGCUCAUGCCGUUCUCCCUGCCCAUGCCUUUCCCCCUCUGCUCAUGCGUUGCCCCCUUUGCCCAUGCUUUGCCCCGUUUGCUCGUGCCGUCCGUUCCGCCAUGUCAGGGAGAUGGCGGGGGAGGGAGUCGCCACCUCCAUCGAGCUCACCAACUGCCGGCCACGACAUGUGGAGGACAGCAAGAUCGACAUCGGCGACUUUUUCAAGGGCGAUUUACCCAAGAAAUUCCUCAUGCUCCUGGGUCUGCUCGCGCUAUCCCGCGUGGGAAUCUACAUUCCCCUGUGGGGCGUCGAUAUCUCCGCCUUCCAGGAGCAACUGGGGGAGGGCUCAUUCCUGGCCACCCUAGACACGCUCUCAGGGGGCGGGAUUGGAUGGCUGGGAUUGUUUUCGCUGGGCAUCGUGCCGUAUAUCAACGCUCAGAUCGUGUUCCAGCUGCUGGGGACGCUGUACCCUAAGAUUGGGGAUCUGCAGAAGAAGGAGGGGGAGGCGGGGAGGAAGAAAGCGCAGCAGUACAUGAAGUAUAUGGCUGUGGCGUUCGGUGCCCUGCAGGAAGCAGAGCGGCGUUUCUUCUACCUCCCCGCCAACGUGGCACUCAUUGCCUUCUUCAACUACUUCUACACCUUCCUGCAACUCGACCCUGCUGAUGUCAGCGACCAGCUCAAGAGGCAGGGUGCGUCCGUACCCAACACGAGGCCCGGCAAAGCAACAGCCGCACUCAUCACCAAGGUCCUCACCCGCAUUUCGGUGCUCGGGUCGGCGUUUCUCGGCACGAUGGCAGCAGCGCCGGCUCUUGUGGAAGGAAUCACUCACCUCACGGCCUUCCGGGGGUUUGCUGGAACGUCCAUCCUCAUUUUAGUCGGAUGCGCUACCGAUACAGCCAGGAAGGUGCAGGCGGAGCUGGUUUCGCAGAAGUAUAGGACGAUUGAGCUGGAUGAUAUCAGUGCGGGUGGUGGAGGGAUUCCGCCUCCUAGUCGGUCUGCGCGGCGUCUGCCCCUAGCGGGAGACGCCGCCCUGGCAGGGGCAAGGGGGGCAAGGGCGCGGGUGGAGCUGGCGGGGGCGGUGGAGGAGGCGGUGGAGGCGGAGGAGGGAGUGGGGGUGGCGGUGGGAGUGGUGGCGGGGGCGGUGGUGGAGGUGGCAGCAGCGGAGGAGGAGGCGGCGGUGGCGGCAGCGGUGGGAGCGGAGGCAGCGGUGGUGGUGGAGGUGGAGGCAGCGGUGGCGGAGGGGGUGGAGCUGGUCGGGGUGGUGCCCCGCAGCGUAGCGGCCCUGGUGGUGGCCAGCGUCAGCAGCAGCAGCAGCAGCAGCAGCGUUCGCGGGACAUCCCCCCGCCCCAGCAGCUCCGUGAGUGGUACACGCAGCGUCAGCGGGUGA